UCCCCCCGAAAGCUCUUGAAAGCUCCCGUAACCAAACCCAACGGUACAAUCAAGAUAUAGACGACGACGAACGAGAUUCAACUCAUCGAAAUUAUAAAAUUUAUUUCUAUUUUAUUUAUUUUUAUUUUAAUAUAAGCGCAACAAUUUACGCUUGCGUAGCUCGCUCGUGGUCGUCUAUUUGGCUUUUUGAAAGCUUUAAGAGUGCAGAUAAAGUUCUUCCGAUUUGCGGUAUGGCUAAAAAUAAGAAGCCACCCGGACGAAAUCGUUGUUAUCGUAAAAGAAAACUUAAAUAAGAAAAAAAUAUAAUUUUUCUAAGUCGAAGAAAAAUCUCACGAGAAAACUCAAAUUGAAGUUUCAUUUCGGGUCCAACUAAGAAAAGAAAUUUUAAAAUGCAUCCAAUUGUAGAAGACAAAACGACGUCCCAAUCAUCGGAGUCAUUAUUGCUAUCGAAUUCGUCGUCAAUUUGGUUAUCAAAACGCUUUUCCCCACCACGAUUUUUCCCUAAUCAGCUGAUUAACACGAAGGCGCGAAAUACAGAUAUGACAUCCGCUGUCAGUCACUGCUGGUGUUUCGUUGUCGGUUCGUUUAACGACGAAAUCGCGUUGAGAUCGCACGUGGACUUAUAUCAGUGUGAGCCAUUCAUUAAAAGUUGAAACGAAAAAAAAAUUAUUAUGGCAGAACACGGACAUCAUGUUAAAAGAAACUCUUCAAAUACCGACCAAGAUGAUGAUAGCAGCAUUCCACCAGCUCCAGAUGGAGGAUGGGGAUGGAUGGUCGUUUUUGGAUCAUUCAUGAUUCACAUUAUUAAUGACGGUGUAACGUAUUCAUUUGGAGUAUUCUACGAUGAUUUCCUCACGUAUUUCAAUGAAGGAAAAGCUAAAACAGCAUGGAUUUUAUCGAUAUUAGUCGGAGUAACGCUAUGUUCAGGUCCAAUCUCCAGUUCCUUCGUAAAUAAAUACGGAUGUAGAACUGUAACAUUAGCCGGGACAUUUUUAGCAAGUGGAUGUUUAAUAAUAAGUUAUUGGGCAAACAGCGUAACAGUUCUUUGCAUAACAAUCGGAUUGGGCACCGGUUUAGGCUUUGGUUUAAUCUAUUUACCAGCCAUAGUGAGCGUAACAAUGUAUUUUGACAAAAAAAGAUCUUUAGCAACCGGAAUCGCAGUUUGUGGAUCCGGUUUGGGAACAUUCGUCUUUGCCCCAUUAAUAAAUAUACUAUUAGAAGAAUACGGUUGGAGAGGCGCAAUGGUCAUUUUAGGAGGAAUCGUUUUGGAAUGUCUUAUCUUCGGCGCACUCUUCAGACCAUUAGAAUACGAAAAAAAGAAAAAACCAAAAUCAAUCGACAAUGGAAUACCAUUAAAAAAAUCUCAAAAAGAAUUAGAUCUUCACAUUUCGGAUCCAAGUUUGAGAAAGAUUAUUUUAGAAUCAAAUAAGCCGAAUAUACAUCGCCCGAGAAGUAUGGGCCAUUUUACCGAUUCGCAAAAAGUGAAAUUUGAACAAAACGGAAACAUAUCAAAUGGAAAAUUAAAAAACGACGCCCAAUAUCGUUUGGCUUCCAGCCAACCUUUACUAACACAAUCUGACAGUGGACGUAAAUUCUUAUUUAGAGGACCACUUUACAAACCGGACAUUUUUUAUCAGAAAAGUUUAGGAAAUUUAAGUACAACAAUGUCAAGGAUGAGUUUACGUAGUAUUGAAGCGGAAAAAAUCGCCGCCUCCUUAAUCGAACCACCAAAAUCGAAAAUUUGUGGAAUCACGUGUUCGAGAGAAACUAAAGAUACUUUAAGAGAAAUGUUGGAUUUCAGCCUUUUUAAAGAUGUCUUAUUCAUUAUUUUUACGAUUAGUAACUUUUUAACAAGCGUUGGGUUUAAUAUGCCAUAUGUUUACAUCGUUUCAAGAGCUAAAUCAUUAGGUAUAGAUCAAAGUCAUGCUAGUUUCCUGUUAUCUGUUAUUGGUAUUGCUAAUACUAUUGGAAGAAUCAUUUUGGGGUAUAUAUCGGAUAAACCUUGGGUUAAUCGACUAUGGGUUUAUAACGUAUGCCUUACAGUUUGUGGUGUUUCUACAGCUUUGAGUGCCUUUGCUACAAACUUCUACACCUUAUCAAUAUACGCCUCAAUCUUCGGAUUCACAAUAGGAGCAUACGUUGGAUUAACCUCUGUACUUUUAGUGGAUUUCUUAGGAUUAGAACGAUUAACGAACGCUUUCGGAUUAGUCUUACUAUUCCAGGGAAUCGCUUCUUUAAUUGGACCCCCUCUUGGAGGUGCUUUAUACGAUAAUACACAAUCGUACGAUCCGGCGUUUUAUUUAGCUGGAGUGUGCAUAGCAAUAAGUGGAUUAAUAUUAUUCGCGGUUCCUCCAAUUCAACGGCAUUUAGAGGCGAAAAGGAAAGCCGAAACGGUUUCGAGUAUAUAGCAAAUACUGUCUAAGAUAGAUUAUAAGAAAGGAAAGUUUUAUAAUACGCUUUGAUUUAUUGGAGAAUGAUGGGAUGCGUCUGCAAUGCAGACAAUGUGAUUCGCAAUUUCAGUGUAUUAAAAAAAAUGAUUUUAUGAUAUUUAAAUUUGUUUUUAUUUUUAUAAGUUCUGUUGCAGCUAAAUAUAAUAAGAGAUUAAUUUUUUAAUAUUAUUUCUGAUAGUUCCUAUUAUAUAGUUAUCUUUUUAUUGUUUCUAAGUUUAUUUUAAUACUGUGAUUAAUUAAUUUUUUUUGUAAAUAAUAAUGUACAUAGAACUAACAACAACAAAAAUAUAAAAAGAAUAAAUUCAUAAUUUAUUAUCCUUCAAAUUUCAAAUGUACAAAUUAUUGUGAAUUAACGUUUAAGUAGAUAUAAUGAUAUAUUCUUGAUAUCAAAACUUUUACUCUCUUUACGAAUUAUUAUUAUAUCAUUAUAGAGUGGGUGAAUUAAUAGUAAAUAAUGAAUGCAUGUAAAAUUCGAACGAAUGAUUCAAUUUGACUAUUACCAUGUUUACACGUAUUUAUUAUUAAUUAAAUUAAAAAAUUACAUAAAA